AUGGAUAAAUAUCAGAAAAUCGAAAAACUUGGUGAAGGUACACUCGCUCUUCUUUCCUCAAACUUUUCUAGAAGUGAUUCCUUACUAAUAUUCUUCAAUUACCUUUCAGGAACUUACGGUAUUGUAUAUAAAGCGCAGAAUAGAGAAACUAACGAGGUUGUAGCGCUAAAAAGAAUAAGGCUCGACAACGAGGAAGAAGGGGUCCCCUGCACAGCAAUUCGUGAAAUAUCCCUGCUAAAAGAAUUAAAGCACCCUAAUAUUGUCAGAUUAUAUGACGUGCUACAUACGGAAAAAAAGUUGACACUAGUAUUUGAAUAUCUGGAUUCAGAUUUAAAGAAAUUUUUAGAUACGUAUGGGGGAGAUCUUGAUGUGCCAACUAUCAAGAAAGGUGAACUCAAAUUGGCCGACUUUGGGUUAGCACGCGCUUUCGGAAUCCCCGUUCGGAGUUAUUCACAUGAAGUUGUAACAUUAUGGUAUCGUGCACCGGAUGUGUUGAUGGGAUCAAGACAAUAUUCCACCUCAAUCGAUGUUUGGUCGGCAGGGUGUAUAUUUGCAGAAAUGGCCUCUGUAUUAGGUACACCGACAGAAGACACAUGGCCUAGAGUAUCACAACUACCAGAAUACAAACCUGAUUUCGCGAUCUAUCAACGAAUUCCUCUUGAGAGUCUGUUAACUAAAUUAGAUUCACAAGGAAUAAAUUUAUUAAGUCAAUUGAUAGAGUAUCAACCGGAUAAGAGAAUCAGUGCUGAAGUUGCACUUCAGCAUCCUUAUUUCGAGGAUAUUCGUAAAAAGGAACAAUCUCAACAAUCGACAUCUGUAUAA